CCCUCACUCACUCACACUCACAGACACAGAGACAGACCGACAGGAGACAGGAGACAAUCAGAGAGAUCCUCCACACACCCAGAGAGACCAAACACAACCGGGAAGCACCAGUCUCCAAGCCCAGAGAACACCCGCAGCGACUCGGUAUACCUCCACUGACCUGAGCCACAGCUUGUGGAAGGCACAACUUUUUGGACACACACACACACACACUCUCAGAAGAGCCGACAGGAUGCAGGUGUGCACCGUUAUGGAGAAGCAGGCUGGCAGGGUGGUGGGCGCCCAGCUGAGCUGUACCGUGCAGGAGGACAACCCCAAACAGAGGGAGAGCUACACCGCUAACUGGCACAGCGUCAAGAUGAGGACGCAGCAUCAAGACAGGCAGUCCAUGCUGAUGUCAGAUGACUCUCGGCGCGAGUCCAUGACGCGCCACUGGGAGUGCCGUCCCCUGCACCAGAACUGCCCGUCCGGCGUGUACCGCGUGGGCACCAUGGAGACGGGGGUCCGUGAGCACCAGCUGCUGCCCCAGCGCAACACCCUGCCCCUGCCCAUCUUCAAGCCCGUCGAGCUGGGCGUCCGCCUGGGCCGCGGCGCAGCGCACGUCCCCGAGGACUUCGUCCCCGCCCAGGCACCCUCCGGUGCCUGCCCCGACAAGAAAGCCAUCAGCGAGCUCACCCGAGACCUGCCGCCCGUCAAGCCCACCCGCAUGGAGUUCGCCAAGGCGCCCAGAACCCUUGGACGCUCCAUGUCACAGGAGGCACAGAGGGGGUGAAGAAAAGAGAGAGAGAGAGAGAGAGAGAGAGAAGGGAUGAGGAGAAGAACAUAUCAGAGAAAAUAUGGACUUUUGUAGAUGGUGAGAGAUGGAACCAGAGGGGGAGAGUAGAACGGGCUUAACGUUUCCAACAGAGUAGUAGACCUAUUGUCACAGUAUACACUAUGUAUGUAUAGAAUGAACUGUGCUUCAGUAUAAUUUAGACACGCUUCUCCCACUCCCUCCCCAACUAGGCUGCCUGACAAAAUGAAGCCUUUGAAGCCUGAAAGCUGUUUGACUGUGAGUCUACUAGUUUUAUACUCAACACAUCAUUUGCACUGUUUCAUAGAUAAGGCCCUUUAAAACAAUAUCCC